GGACACCGGGGGUGGCAGAAUUGGGGUGCAGAGGCUCUUUCUGUCCCACCGUGCGGCGCGGGGCGCAGCGGGCGCGGCAGGUGCGGAGCCCCCUUCCCCCCCCCCGCUUUUCCUCCCGCGGAUGCGGCGGCUGGCGGGGCUCCAGCGGCAUCGGCGCCGGGGUUGCAUCAGACGAGGCGUUCCUCCCCGGCCGCCGGUGCCGGCUCGGUGUUCGCUGGGCUGCCGAGGGAGGCGGGACCCCGGAGACAAGAUGCUGCGGACAGGGCCCCGGCUGCUGCGGAGCCUCUGCACCACGGCCGCGGCUUAUCAACAAAAGCUAAAACUAGCCCUUAUAGGUCAAAGCAUUUUUGGACAAGAAGUUUAUAACAAGCUGAGAAAAGAGGGCCAUAAAGUUGUAGGAGUAUUCACAGUGCCUGACAAGAAUGGACAAGCUGAUCCCUUGGCACUGGCAGCGGAGAAGGAUGGCACUCCUGUUUUUAAGUUCCCCAGAUGGAGAGCUAAAGGCAAGCCUAUCCAGGAAGUAGUUGAAGCCUACAAAUCGGUUGGAGCAGAGCUAAAUGUCCUUCCGUUCUGUACACAGUUCAUCCCCAUGGAUGUUAUUGACUGCCCCAAACAUGGCUCAAUUAUUUACCAUCCAUCCAUUCUACCACGCCACCGAGGAGCUUCUGCAAUCAACUGGACUUUAAUACAAGGAGAUAAGAAAGCAGGAUUUACUAUUUUCUGGGCUGAUGAUGGUUUGGACACUGGACCAAUACUUCUGCAGCGAGAAUGUGAUGUUGGCCAAAAUGAUACUGUGGAUGACCUGUACAAUCGGUUUCUUUUCCCAGAAGGAAUAAAAGCUAUGGUGGAAGCUGUACAUCUAAUUGCUGAUGGUAAGGCCCCUCGUAUCCCUCAGCCUAAAGAAGGAGCAACAUAUGAAGGGAUCCAGAAAAAGGAAAAUGCAGAGAUCCCCUGGGACCAACCUGCAGCAGCUUUGCACAAUUGGAUUCGAGGGCAUGAUAAAGUGCCAGGAGCAUGGGCAACAAUAGAUGGCCAGGUGGUUACUUUUUAUGGGUCAUCAUUACUUGAUGCUUCAGUGCCUGCUGGACAAGAGCUGGCAAUAAAAGGUGCUUCAAGACCUGGACUUAUAACCAAGAAUGGUCUAGUCGUUUUUGGUAAUGAUGGGAAGAUGGUGUUAGUGAGAAAUCUGCAAUUUGAGGAUGGAAAAAUGAUCCCUGCAUCUAAAUACUUCUCUACUGAUGAAACAGCUGCCCUGGAACUUACAGAACAGGAGAAAAGGAUGGCAGAAGAUAUUAGGGAUAUUUGGAAAGGAAUUUUGAGCAAUGUUGCUGUAAUUGAGGAUUCCACAGACUUCUUCAAAUCUGGAGCAUCCUCUAUGCAUGUUGUCAGAAUGCUAGAAGAAAUCAAACAGAAAUAUAGUGGACUUCAACUACAGAAUGAAGAUGUGUAUAUGGCCACUAAGUUUGCAGACUUUAUUCAAAUGGCUGUCAGAAAAUUCAGAGGAGAAGACAAAGAAGAAGAGUUAGUCAUUGAUUACGUUUCAAAAAAUGUGAACAACAUGACUGUGAAUAUGCCAUACCAGUGUUUCAUAAAUGGACAAUUUAUAAAUGCUGAGGAUGGAAAAACGUAUGACACUAUAAAUCCAGCAGAUGGAUCAAUAAUAGCCAGCGUAUCUUCGGCUUCACUGGCUGAUGUUGACAAGGCAGUGGCAGCAGCAAAGGAGGCUUUUGAAAAUGGUGAAUGGGGAAGAAUGAAUGCAAGGGAAAGAGGGCGACUCAUGUACAGACUUGCAGAUCUGAUGGAAGAACAUCAAGAAGAGUUAGCAACAAUAGAGUCUAUUGACUCAGGAGCUGUCUACACUUUAGCUUUGAAGACUCAUGUUGGAAUGUCUGUGCAAACAUUCAGAUACUUCGCUGGAUGGUGUGACAAAAUUCAGGGCGCUACAAUUCCAAUUAACCAGGCCCGGCCAAACCAUAAUCUAACAUUCACCAAGAAAGAACCAAUAGGUGUCUGUGCAAUUGUUAUUCCCUGGAAUUACCCACUGAUGAUGCUUGCAUGGAAGAGUGCUGCAUGCUUGGCUGCAGGCAACACACUCGUACUCAAGCCAGCUCAGGUCACACCUCUGACUUCCUUGAAAUUUGCAGAACUCUCAGCAAAAGCUGGAUUUCCUAAGGGCGUUAUAAAUAUUCUACCUGGUUCAGGUGGCUUAGUGGGACAGCACCUGUCUGAACAUUCAGAUGUUCGCAAAGUUGGAUUCACUGGUUCAACACCAACUGGUAAACAGAUCAUGAAGAGUGCAGCCACUAAUCUGAAGAAAGUUUCCCUUGAACUUGGGGGUAAAUCACCAUUGAUCAUAUUCAGUGACUGUGAACUUGACAGAGCCGUAAAAAUGGGUAUGGGAGCAGUAUAUUUCAACAAAGGAGAAAACUGCAUUGCAGCUGGCAGGCUAUUUGUGGAAGAAUCAAUCCAUGAUGAAUUUGUUAGAAAAGUGGUGGAAGAAAUAAAAAAGAUGAAAAUUGGUGACCCACUUGAUAGAUCUACAGAUCAUGGUCCACAAAAUCACAAGGCACAUUUGGAAAAGCUGCUGAAAUAUUGUGAAACCGGAGUAAAAGAAGGAGCCACUCUAGUGUACGGAGGAAGACAAGUACGUAGACCAGGUUUCUUCAUGGAACCCACUGUAUUCACAGAUGUUGAAGACCAUAUGUAUAUUGCCCAGGAAGAGUCCUUUGGUCCUGUAAUGGUGAUUUCUAAGUUUAAAAAUGGGGACGUUGAUGGCGUGCUUCGACGGGCAAAUACCACAGAAUAUGGUUUAGCUUCAGGAGUCUUCACAAAAGACAUAAGCAAAGCUCUCUACAUCAGUGAAAAGCUAGAAGCUGGGACAGUUUUUAUUAACACAUACAACAAAACUGAUGUGGCAGCACCAUUUGGUGGAUUUAAACAAUCUGGCUUUGGGAAAGAUUUAGGUGAAGAAGCUCUUCAUGAAUACCUUAGAACCAAGGCUAUCACUGUGGAAUAUUAAAGUAACAGCCUCUCUUGGAAAGCAAACUUUUCAGCAGUUUAAUGACUCCACGAAGCACAUAACACCACGCCCAGGACAUGCUCGCUGCAGUGCUACAACUGAAAAAAAAAACAUUUUCCAUAAAUCAGGUCCAAAUUUUAGUCUCACUGAAAGAUAAAAGCAUUUGGAAAUUACCUGAAGUUAUUUAGUAUCCCUAAAAAAAACCCAAGAACACAGUUUGGCUUAUUUUUUUGAAUACCUCUGAAGAAUGAGUUCUCACAUGCCUACUUCUUAUUUGUGUGAACAUAAUAUUUCAUUUUAAACCCUUAGUCAUUAGGCUUCUCUUAAAGUUGAAUCUUCAAGUUGAAAGUACACUUAUGCCACUUUUGCUAUAAACCAGUUCAAGUUUUACAGUAGCAAAUAAACAUUCUGGUCUGGUGAUUCUUCAGCAGUACAGAAAACCUUCGUGCCAUAAGCAGUAAAUCAAUGCAAGAAAGUGCACUUACUAUGAUCUUUGUAUAAUACAUACAGAGUUCACAUCGGUGUUAAACUAUGCAUAUCAAGCUAAAGUUACUGAAAAUAUUUUCUAUCUUUUUGUUGAUACGGAAUGUGUGAUCUGCCUGCAGUCUGAAAGUUGGUUACUUUAACAGAUUAAAAUCACUUUUUGUGUCUGUGCACAUGGACUGUUAUCGCUGUUUUAUAUGUCGUGAUUACUACUUUGUAUUUCAUAUUUUUUCUUUUUAAAUCUCUGGGAAAAUCUCUCGUAAAAUGACUGAGUUAAGAUGUUGGCUUUCAAGUUUUUUUCAAUUUGAAGGAAAUAGUCCACAUUGAGACCUUAUGUAGCAAACUAAGCCUACUGAAAGCGUUUGCUCUUCUUAGAGUGCAAUUCCACCCAAAAUUUAAUCUGAUAUGUGCGCUGCCAUUAAAAGUAGCGGUCCCAUUCUUUGAUUCCCAGCCUUUCCACUCCCUCAAAUAUUUUGUUGUUUAAUCAGUUAAUCUCUGUAAAUCGUGUCCCCUUCUAUUUUUAAGAAGCUGCACUGUGAAAGAAAGACCAGAAUCCUUGUUAUUUCUUAUUAGAAGUAUUACAGAAACAGAUCUUCAAAGAAAACUAAAGCUUUAAGUAGGAGAUUCAAAAUAAAUUCUGUAAAUAAUUGCAGGUUUCAAGUCGUCACAUUAAGUUUAGUAUUUGAGCAAAUACAAUAUAGAAAAUUUUACUUUAAUGGUGUAGAAAGUAAAAAGUUCCUUCAGGGAACAAAUGAUGACAUUCAGGAGCAUGAGGGAUACUUUUGAAAUGCAAACCAAUCUGCAAAGGAAACGCAAUAGCCAAAAAUCACUGUAUUUGAUCCACUGGAGGUAAGUAUGAAUGAGACAUAACUUUGACUGAUUUUGGUUUCACGAUUGUUUCAAGCUAACCUGAGUACAGGCCAGCAGAAAAUUCACCUUUUUGUUCUUCUGUCAGUGACAGCUGUUAAAGAAAUGGCAAGGAUGGAAACGUGGGAGAUGCGAAGUGUAGCUUAAAGCAAUUAUAAUACCACAGAAGCAGACUUGACCAUUUAAGUACCAAGCAUAUCUGCACUAUAGCCACAAACAUUCCAGAUAGGAGCUAGUAACCUACCAGUGAUACA